GAUCUGCGUGGAUUUUUUGUGUGGAUUUAAUAAAAUGCACUCCUCAAUUCUCAAAACUUUGGUGUUGGUUCUGAAUUUUUGUGCUUUAGCAAAAUGUACCAGUACAGACAGUACAUCGACAGAACCGACCACUACCAGCACGCCUAUCCUGUACGUAAGCGAGAAUAACGUUACUUGGAAUCCACGAAAUAAAGAAAAAAUUGAUAUAGAAUGCGACGAAGGCUACCAACUAUCAGCAACUAUUACUAACUGCAGUAUAAACUGUUAUAACAACGAAUAUGCUCAAAUAACAUCAGAUCCAAUUAAUUUAAAUUUAACGAUUACUUGCAAUAUAACUAACUCGCCAUCGUUCUUUUUCAACACAAACAAAAUAAACGUAAAUUACACGGGCACGGAAAACUCCACACUGACCAUAGUUUUCUCAAGAGUUGGAGAACCACCUACAACCACUACUACUGAAAUAACAUCGUCUACGAUUUACCUACCAACAGCGAGUCUUGAUGACCAUCCAGAUCUCACAGUGCAAAUAUCCGGUAGAGAUCCGUAUGAUUACAGGCGCGCAAAUGUACUGGGUGAUUUCAAAGAAAUGAUCGCACUCAUGGCUAAAGAAUAUUGCGAAACAAACAAUUUCACUCUAAUACACAACGUUACCAAAGACAACGUCGAAAUCAAGGAAAUUCUACCGUGCUCUUGGAAGAAUCCCUCUUGCGAUUCAUGUGCUGAGGUCAGAUUCGCAGUGCCUGUAGAGAUAAAUCCGAAUUCAAGCUUCGAAUGGGCCGGUUACCAAUUGACCGAAGACCACUUGCGACUAAUGUGGGAUAGGUACUCGUCCAAAUAUUUGAAUGAAUCCGUUACUACCUGUCCACCUGAUGAUGUUAGGAGCAAGGUGAUAUGGGAAAUUGCGUUGAUAGCAGCUUUUACGCUGGCCUUCGUUGUAUUGUUCUUUAGCGUUCAUUAUCGAAUAGAUAGGCUCGCUAGAAAAAUCAGGAUUAAAAGUCGACGAUUGGUUCAAACUUCAGAUUCAAAUGAUAGUCAAUCGAAUGAUGUUUCUUUGAGGCCCCACUAUCUUCAAGACAUUCCGCCAUUAUUUGAUUCUAAUUAUUCGAUGCAUGAUCCAGGUUCCGGAUACAGUAAUGUCGCUUACGAGACCAAUGAGCCUUAUGAAAGAUAUAAUAAUGAAGAUGAAGAACUAUCUGACGGCAGUAUCUCUGCUUAGACCAUGAAAGUAACCAUUUUAAAUUGCGCUGACCUACCUUAAUUAUUACUCCUAUUUAUUUCAUUAAAAAUGUAAACGAAAUUAUAAACACAAAUAAGAUUUUUUUAAUAAGACAAUUUUAGAAAC